CGUAUUUGUGUGCAUGUAUACGUGUCGCUUAUGGCUAUCACCUCGCUGCUUCUGUACACCUUCAAAAUACACCCUUUACGUGUGUGUGUUCCGGCUCUUGAAUAAUGUUCACAAUUCCACAGCAGUGCAACGUAACAAAAUAUUUCUAAAUCCAUAUCAUCUACAAAGAAGUAGGAACCGAAUCGCGAGCUUAAUUGUGCCUCGAAACAACAUAUAAACUGAAGAAGUGAUAAAAAAGAAGGGAGAGACAGAAGACACAACUCCAAAAUGAUUUUAAGAUGGGCAGGAGUGACUUGCAUCGUGGCAGCGAUUUUCCUCCAUGGAGCGUUAGCCGUCUUCGAGGAUAUGGAAAUCGAACUUGGACAGUACACCGACUUCGGGAGACUGACGCCAGCCCAAUUCGGCGCGGUGAGCAUAAGCACCAUCGUGUUCCUGCUGCUGUGGGCGGUGGGGGUGAUUCCAAUGGACAUCGAUCUCGGGCGUAGGAGGCGGAAAAGGGGUGCUACGAGCGUGGCUGAGAUCUCCACGUACCUUCUGGAUUGUCCUCUGCAGUUCGUGUGCGACGUAGACGCAUGGGCAAACCGAGACCAUGAUUACUACCUUGAGAGCCUCGUUGCGUCAUGGUUUAGGAACUCGAACCACACGUGGCAGCGACCGGACAGCGAGGUGUAUGGAGGACGCGGCACAUGCAAGGAGAUGUAUCCGUGUCCUUUCGACGUGCAGGAAGUCGUUGGCAUUCGCAUCCCCGGUUCGAAUGCACUCCCCGGCACCGAGGAAGAGUCCUAUUCCUUCUUCUAGGGAUGCAUAUUGUGAAGGCUGAUGGUGUACUAGAAGAGUUUUCUUUCUCCUGAUGUUUCCACCGUAUCUAUCCGUCCAAUAAGGCUGUAGUGAAUCCAGAGGGGGAGUUUUACGUAAUAAAUAAGCUGUCUGCAAAAAAGGGCAUUUGAUGUAAAGAUGACUCACAGUUCAUUAGAUACGUAAGCUUUUUAACCACUCCGUGACAAGGAGUGGUUUACUGUUGUUUAAUCCUGGCUUCUAGUUGAUACCUCCUUUAUUUUUUUAUUUUUUUUUACGUCAUCGACGUUUUCGCCCCCCCCCCUACCAUUUUUCUAAUGUCUUUUUAGCUUUUAAAGUGAUUUCUUCUUUUCACAUGCCCUUCUCUUGGCUUUUGUCUUCUGUUUCCUUUCAUGUCUUCUUCUGUUUCCUCUUUUAUUGCAUUUUCUACUUCCUAGCUUUAGAGUGGCAUUUUCAUAGGAGCAUUUUUAAGACAUUAUCUCGCAACUGUUAUCAUCUCACUGGCGAAACAUGUUCAUACCUUUCGUUUCAAAUCGAGGACACCAGCUCUGCAUUUCUCCAUAAACUAAGGUGGGCAUUGCAACGUGCCCGAUAUGUAUAUAACUUACAUUACCUCGGCCAAUGUAUCUUUCAGUGAUUUCAAUAGUCUGAAUAGCCUGUAUCAUGUAUUAAACCUGUAAUGUGAAUAAAUUUUUUAAAGUGAAAUUUUACUUGUAUGUAGCGUUUCGUGACACGUUACAUUAAUCUGUUUUGUACUUUCUCGUCUCUUCACAUUUCAUAUUCAUUUGCCUUUUAGUUUUCAGAGGUAUAUAUAUCAAAGCUGAAUUGGUGAUAUGUCAGGUACAUGUCAGUCACGUUUAUACUAAAUAAGUUUACAUAUAUCUUUUGUGUAAGAAAUAGCCCGGUUCAUGUAUAAAUUGUGGUAUAUUGUAACUAAUUAAAUGGAUAAUGUGAACAAUUGAUAUUUGUUUCAAAGAAAAUGAUCUAGACAACUGAUUUUUUCAUAUAUAAAUAAAUAAACACACACACACACACACACACACACACACACACACCACACACACUCACACACACACACACACA